AUGUUUUCCAUUCCUAGCUACUGCCUGAGAAUAGCAUUGGUCCAUGAUGCCAAAGAAGUGAGAGCAACUGUACUUCGGCUUCUCCGCUAUCUCCUCGCGGAGCCAUCUCAGGUGGAAGCUUUCCUUCGUGUGAAGAUGCAUAUUCUUGUGGCCAGAUGCCUGGACAUGAUGUUAGACAACGAAUUCGAGAGGAUUCAGGCGUGUCGUUUGGCUCGGAAGAUCCUCAGCAUAUCUCCAGGGUUAUUUCCGGUCUGCAUCUGCCGAUCUCUGGUUGCUAUAGCCCGAGACGGAGGUCAUGGCCGAGACAAAGACAAGCUAGUUUCUGCAUCUAUUGCCAUUCUCUGCGAGUUGGCAUUAUGUGAGAGUUCACUGUUCCUUGAGUGUGGAGGAACAGCAGCCAUUCUGCAGUAUUUGAUCGAGUGCAGUCAGCCUCGUAUGAAUGAAGCCGUCAUCGGGAUUCUCCUUCAUCUGCUCAAUCUGACUUCCACUCGGAAGGCACUCCGGCUCGAGUUGGACACCUUACUUGCUCCCUUCACUGACCUUCAUUUCAGCCUCACUGGGGAAGAGGAAGCCAACAGUGAGGAGCUGAGGGAGACACGGUUGCAGUGCUGCGAGUAUGCAAUUGUUGCUGCCCUCCGAUCUUGGCCUGGGCUCAUAUCCCUCUGCCCCCAUAUUCCCUACAAUCAAGCCUAUCAAACAAAAUGGAGGUGUCGCAUCGAUGCUGCAGUGCCCUUCCGAUCCCUCAUGAAUAUUCUCUGCUCAGAACGUGAGGAGAUGAAGAAGCCAAUUGUCAAGCUCCUCUUUGAAUUGUUUGAAAUCCCUGUGCCAGUAUGGAGUGAUGAUUCCAGUGAAGUCCUCAAAGUCUGUGAUCCUUCAGCCUUCAAAAACUCAUGGAGACUGUUUGAAGGUUUUGUGAUGGAGGAGUCUCUUAGCAUUCUUCCCCCCCUUUCUGCAUCCAGAUCCAAUUUGGUGAAGAAUCAUCAUGCCUUGGUUCUUUAUGUCUUGCUCAACCUUGGACUUUUGGAUGGUUUGGUGAAUGUGAUUGUUGGGCAUGAUGACUGCCUCUCCAUGCGAACUGUUGCUCUCCUUGGGGAGCUAUUAUCCCUGGCGAGUGGUUACUUGCCUCCAGAGAUCCUACCUCAUCGCCAGUGUCUCCCACUUCUCAUGGAGAAGGCCACUGACUCGAGCCUUUCCCCCCAUCAGCGCCACUUGGCCCACGAGGCCUUGUCCGUGCUCAAGAGAAUUCACAUGCUCAAACGCCGGUUCCGAAAUCCAUGUAGUCCCUUCUUGUCUCAGCUCCUUGAGUUCUCCAACCUUGCGAAGACAUCAGACACCCUGGUUCGAAUUCAUGGUCGUUCCACGCUUUCGCUCGCUGGCAAAAGAGACCAAGAGGAAGGAGUAUUGAGGAAGAUCCAGGCUUCCCAUGUACUCAGGGAGAAGUCUUUUGAAGCCUGGGAGUGGCACACAAUUUGUGCUAUUCUACAAGUUCCAAGUGAUGGCCUCCGCCGUCUCGAAGACUCCACGUGUCGGGUGUUUCUCGAGACGCUGGUGGAUUUCUUCAGGCCCAGUUCAAAGCAGUUUGGCAAAAUGGAAUUGGGGGACCCACUGGUGCGCCUCUGCACUGAAUGCGGUUGCCUUCUCCUUGACCUCCUUGCCGAAGGAGAAGAUGCUCGUGGGAGCACUGUCCUUCUUCAUAAUGAGAGUGGACGCCUACUAGAGGAAUUUCUACUGGAUAUCAAACGGGAGGUGGAAGUGCUAUGUGGGGAGAGGCCUCCUGUUGACUGCCUUCUCUCACCUUCCCAGGUUCACUCCACAGCUGGUCAGUUUUACUUCCUCUUCCUCGGUCGUCUCUCACGAUCCCAUCGGGGCAACAAUUAUCUGGAUCGUCUCGGCAUCUUCCAAAUGCUCCUGGACCUCGUGACAGUGAAUACUCAUGACAGUUACCUGAAACUCAUUGUUGCAUCGCUGAAUUACUCUGGGGUGGGCAGUGGGAACCGUAACAUCCUGUCCAAGGUCCUUGUGAGCCCUUCAGAGGCAGCUCGCCUGUUCACCACUCGAUACCUGAGAACUCUGGCCCGUGCGCACAUUCCAGAGUUUCAUAAGUGGGGAGUGGAGCUUUUGGUUGCACAACUGUAUGACCAAAGUCCUGCAGUAUCCUUGGCUGCUUUGGAUGUCCUUCAGGAACUUUGUGAUGAGGAGACGUAUUUGGAAUCUGUGAUUGCAUUGCGUCCUUCCUUGUUGCACUUGGGAGAACGUGGGCUCCUCAUUCUUGUGCGAUUCCUAGGUCUACCUUCUGGCUUCAAAUUCCUCCGUGAUUCUAACUUCCUUCAUCAUCAGAUGGAAAAAUGGAAAGAUCAUUACUGCCUCCAGUAUGUAUCACUGAUUGAGACAGAACUCCAUGAUGCUCUCACUCAUCAUCAGAAGGGGGAAGAUGGGCGGUAUGGCCGAAGAUCAGGAGAGAAGCACAUUUUGAAAGAUCUCUAUGUUCUUCCCCACCUUUACGGGGAGCUGUCACGGCAUUCAGAUGGGUUUGACUAUCUCUUGCACCAUGAAGAGCAGCACAUUCAUCAUAUGUUCCAAGUGAUACGUGGAGGUUGUGCGGAGGAUGAAGAAGAGAUUGCUCAUCUCAAGGCUGCUCUGUGGGCAUUGGGGCACCUAGGUUCCACCGAGCUUGGUCUGGAGUACUUGAAAGAAGUUGAUUCCACAGAGACUGGCACUGUUGUUGUACUCAGCUGCAUUGCUCACCUGGCCAAGACGUGUCAGGUCUAUUCGGUCAGAGGCACUUGCUUCUAUGCCCUCUCACUUGUUGCUUCCACACAGGCUGGAGCUGAUUCACUACAAUCUCUUAGCUGGGAAGCAACACGUCGAACACAUCUGGAUCUGUGGAGGACUGUCUGGAAACCACCUUGGGUGACACCUGUGAAUGACAACACUGGAUCAGACACCAUGUCCAUUACCUCCCUCUACAGCCUGUCCCGUCCCAACCAGUUGCGAUCUGUGGCAUCAAGUGUUGUGUCCACCCCCAGUCCAAGUGUUGAGCAGCCACAUCAAUUCUAUGUGGGUGGAGAUGAGGAUGAGCACGAGGAAGAACGCGCUCCAGAUGUUUCAGGCAUCCCAAGCAGUUCGGUUCGCACAACUGAGUCAGGAUUUGGCUCUGAUCUGGGGAUUGAAGAUGGGGAAUCUUCCUCUCCUGUCCUGCAACGUGGGUGUGCAGUUAAAGCCAAUACAUUACCUGGAGCAAUGAAGCAUGGCUCUGGUGUGGGGCUGGAAAGUCCCUCGCCACGAAUAAAACACUUUCGUAAACUCUGGAAGAGAUUGCAUAAGCGAAACGACAGCAAUGCCUCUAGCUUGUCAGAUGUGGUCAAGAGACCUCGGGCUGGAACCGCAGAGAGAGUGAGGAGCAUCAGCUGUAGUGAGGAUACCAAGGAUCCCAAGAAUGGUACCAAAGAUCGAAGCAGCAGUAACGAAAGUUCAGGUAAGAGCCGUUCAGACAGCGGGACAGAAUCUGUUGGGCCUCUUAGCAUGAUGGACAACCACUCAGGAUCCUCACAUCCCAACCGCAUGAUUCACACUGUGAGGCAGCAUCGGCGCCCUCGCGUCAUCAUCUGUGAAGGCCCGCCUUUAGCCUCCUCUCCUUUGGAAGGCUCACCUUGGCGGCGCACCUCCCUACGGUCUCCAUCAUCAGUGUCCUCAUCUUCAACUGCAGUGAACUCCCCAACUCAUGAAACGGGCAGUGUGUACUCAUUUGGGUCAGGAACAUCUCCCACCCCUCCCGGUAGCAGAGCCCUGCAUUACAUGGGACUUGCCUUACCGAAAGACCUUGGUGACCUCCUCGGUCGACAUCCUGAAUCCUAUCGACGCCUACGCAAGAGUCUCUGCUACUCUAUGCUCGUAGAAGGUACCGGUGCUUCAACUCCCCCACUCCCAGUUUUGGAAGGCAUGGAGGAAGAAAUGGAUAUUGAUGAAGAGGAAGAUGUUCCUGAGGGUCCUGAAGAAUCUAUUGGAUUGGUCCUUGAUGGGCUUAACCUCAAUGAGAUGCAGAAGAGAGGUUAUCAUAAGAUGUUGGGGGAAGAAGAAAGGGAAAGUAUGCUGAGUUCCUCAGUCCUGAUGUCAGAACAAGAAGGAGAGGCUCAGGCUGAGCUCGAUGCUGCACCAGAUCUCGAAGGACUAGAGUUUCAUUCUCAUGAGAACUGUCUUGCAUGCUGGAAACUUUAUCCACCAUCUGUGAUUGUCUCUGAUGAUGGCAGUGUGAACGGAGACAGAGAUAAGACAGGCGAGACAGAAUCCUUGCCUUCGGUGCGCAGCUCUUCCCCGGGGAUCUCUCGCUCCCGAAUGGUGUCAGAAAAUGAAAGUCAACCGGUGAGCCCUGAACACAGUGUUUCCCAUGGAUUUCGAUCAGGUCGAGGGCAUCUCCAGGCACGCCUCAGCGAAGACAGUCCCGAGGGUCGAGCCCUGAUCCGAAAGGAGGUCCUUCGCUUCGUCGGAAGCAUGUGCAGCUCCAUCGGGACCAAGGCUGCCGAGCGAGGGCUCCUCAACCUGAAGGAGCGGUUUCCCGGGGCGUUGCAAGACGUCUGCCUGUAUUCCGAAGUGGCCACCAUCCUUGGCAUGUACCGGUUUCGCCUCUCGUCGAGGCGCUUCCUCCAGGAGCUCUUCAUGGACACCGACUUUGAGGUGCUUUACGAAGAGCCGCGAAUCAUCCUGAAAGUCGGCGAGGAGGCGCCGUAGCGGCGGGCGAAACCGAAGAUCCGCAUCGACGACCAAAGUGUUCCCAUCGGUUCGAGACGCUUUUUUGACGAUUGUCAAUUUCAUUCAGUCCCUGGUCAUUUCCUCUAAUGUGAUGGUGAUGUAUUAGAGAAAGAGCACCAGUAAAAGUUCUGGUCUCCAAUAAGGGCAGCUGGCAUGGAUAUCCCCAGUUGAAUUGGGGGUCGUUGUGAUUUUAAGCAGUCUUCCUGUUUCCUCACCCAUUUCCUUAGCAAUAACUCGGUGAAGUGAACUCUUUUACGGAAACCAGAGCAUAUCAUUGAAGGUAUGGUGUAUCUUUCUUCCUAGUGUUCUCCCUCCUUUCUUUUCCUCCCAUUGAAGGUGAAUUUAGCCACACUGUGUUGAGAAUGUGAUAAAUGAAG